AAGGGUGGGGCGCAGGAGACUGGGAAAUCGCUGGCGGGGAGAUGUGUUCGUCGCCAGUCCCCACCUUGUUCAACAGCCCUAUCACCUGUCUUCGUAUUCCAGGCGAGCGUGACGGAGAAGCCGGUGGGGUAGACAAGGCCCCGCCUCACAUAGCUCCGUCACACCACAAUCAAUGGUCUUGUCCGGGGGAGAAUAGAAAUUUCAUCCUCGCGCAAUCUCAUAUAUCCUCGACAAGACUUCCAAUGAAUAUUGACUGGUGGUUGAACUCCUGGGAAGAGGCGCGAAGUGUUGGUGACGGAAAGAUUAUGGGCGACGAUCCUCUGGGCAUCAGGCCUCCUUCGGAUCAAGAUUACGCCGCGAUAGGUUACGAUAUCCUGGUGGCCGAUGAAGUUUCCACCGAUGAAGAGACA